CUCGCAAACCCCUCCCUUACCAGCUCGAGCCCAGUCACAUUCCUUUCAUGUUCAAUACUGAGCAGCAACAAGCAAUUGCAACAAUGUGAAUUUCAACUUCGGAUAUUCGAACAUCUUUGACGAGGAUAGGCAAAAAUUACAGAAGGAAGAUUGGGUUGGAACGAUCCGUAUGGAAUUGUCAACGUAUGGAAUUGAGAGGGGUUGUUUUUAUUGCAGCAUGAGUUCAACUGGUGGCAGGUCCUGCUAGACCUGAACAGACCGUGAGUGUGUUGGUGGAGGCUCAUCAGUCUCCAGUAUGGAGUGUUUGGUAUGAGCCGUGGCCGGUCUGUUGGUCCUUGGGCCGGUCCAGUGGUGAGGUGUCCCUGUCCCUUGGCGGGAUGCUGAGGGCUGGUGGUCCCCACCAGUAUGACUCCCCUGGACCUGUGGCUGUCCCGCUCCAUCCCCAUGUGCCUGCUCCUCCAGAGCCUGGUCCUCAUGGCCCUGUGCUUCCCCUCCGCCUCCAUGUGUCCCAAGGGCUGCGUCUGCCAGCGGGCCCGACCCGACCCGGGCCUCCACCUCGGCCCGGGGCCCCUGGGGCUCUUCCUUGGCCUCAAUGUCACCUGUACCGGGUCCCGGCUCAAAGAGAUCCCCCCGGACCUGCCUCCAGACACCGCCGUGCUCCGCCUCGACCACAACCAGAUCAUGGCCGUCCCCGACCAUGCCUUCCGGGGCCUGAGGCUGCUGCGGGAGCUCAACCUGUCCCACAACGCUGUGGAGACGCUGGAGGAGGGUGCCUUCAGUGGCGUGGAGGCCACACUGCAGGUCCUCGACCUCUCACACAACCGCAUCACUAGCGUGCACAAGGAUGCAUUCGCCCGGCUCAAAGCGCGGGUCCUGGUGGAUGACAACCCCUGGCACUGUGACUGCACCCUGCAGCAGGCACUGGGCGGCAUGGCCCACAACCACGAGGCGGCUGCACGUGUCCUCUGCCGGAGCUCCGAGCUCCAAGAACAGGAGGGACGCCAUUUCCUGGCGGUGGACACAGACCUGUGUAACCUGGCCAAAAGGACCACGGACUACGCAAUGCUGGUGACGAUGUUCGGCUGGUUCGCCAUGGUCAUCUCCUACGUGGUGUAUUACGUACGGCAGAACCAGGAGGAUGCCCGGCGACACUUGGAGUACCUUAAGUCGCUGCCCAGCAAGCCUGUGAAGCCCAACGAGGUGGAGGACAUCAGUACUGUGGUGUAACAGGACAUCAUCACUACUAGACACUAUAGGACAUCAGUACUCCAGUGUGACAUCCCUGUAGUGAGAACUGACAUCACUAUGGUGAGAACUGACUGUAUACAAUAUAAUUAGAUUGUCUAAUUAGUUCUAGAAUUAGAAUGACUAAUUGAUUCUAAUUCUAUGCAUGAACAGCAGAAGUUCAGAACUAAACCCGGAGAUAUAGGACCCAUAUUUCAAGAUGGAUGUAACGUCUUCUGUUGUGAAAAUGUUUUUUUGAUGUACUCAAAAGAAAUCAUGAUAGAUUAAACCUGGAUCCUUGCAUUUGAAGCUUCACACCAAUGUGUUAAUUACAAAGGUAAACACUGAGAAAGCCCAAUUUUUAAAAGAGGAGAAAUGCGUAAACGUUAGUGUUUGUCUGUAGACGUCAAUCUAAAGACAAGCAUUUUGGAAUGCACAGGGUACAUGUGCAUAGACAACAGCAGUUAGUUCAGAUCACAUUAACAGAAGGGUCAAGUCUAUGGGGGUACCACAGAUGGCUUCAUUGAGAUCUGUUCUGAGAUUGUUUUGAAAAUCUGAAUCUCAGGUUUAAAUUUUGAUAGGUUGAUAAGUAUUUUUUUAGAGCAAAAUCUGGAGAAAUGGUUUUUGGACAACAUUUUUGUAAGGUAAUGAUAACAGGCCUUUGAUCUAGAGGGUGUUCUGUGCUUGUGCAUCCAACUGCAUACUUUGUUUAAUUUAAUUUGAAUAAAUAACAGGCCCCAAACAUCAAUCAUGAAACUUAACUUUACUUUCCAAAUGUGAAAUAAUUAGAAUCAAUGAUUUGUUAAAAUGAUCAUGACAUCACCAAUGUUGAAAAACGACUGAUGUGCUGUAAAAAUACUAAACAUUUCUUCCUUAAUUUUGUCAAGUCCCUGUACUGUAUGUUCUUGUUGUCUUGAAAUGACAAAGUUGAUUCAUUGCAUCGUAGUAGAUUUGUGAUGGUCAGAUAACAAUGGUUUGGGGUAGAUAUCAAAUCAAAUGACUCCCAAAAGAGUCGGUAGAUUCAAGUGAUUCGUAUGUGUGUCAUGUGAUUUAUCAGUACCCUAGUAGUGUCUAAGUUCUCAAGUCCUGAGAACCAACAAGCGUUUUGUGUUACAUGUUAACACAACACAUACACAACAACACCCAAAAACAAUACUGUGCAUUUGGCUUUUCCACAAAACUCAUUUGCUAAGAUUUCUAAUGACUCAGUCUAUGUUUCCUGAAAUAGAAUACAUAUUCAUAUUCAUAGAAAUGUGUUUCACACAUAGAUUCCUUUCUCAGCCAAAGUGGAGAAAUACUCAGUGUCCCAAAUGGGGCCCUAUUCCCUACAUAUAGCCCUAUGGGCCCUGGUGGAAAGUAAUGCACUAUGUAGAGAAUAGGGUACAAUUUGGGACACACCCACAGCGUCACAAACCUGUCGAUGGGAAGACUGUAAUAAUUUCAACACAAACAUCCCCUUUCUGUUCAGCCCCCAUGCUGCGUUCAGAAUGCAGAUAGAUGCAUGCAUCAUUUACCUUGCCUUUAAUAACACUGUGUGUAGAGUUCUAUCCCCAGCAAUGUGAGAAGAGAAAAUUACAGCUGUCAUUCGUUUAAAUGGCUUUCACUUGCAUCACAGUGACAUGGGUUCACUAAAACAUCCCAUAGAGAGAAAGAUGGAGAGAGAGGGGAGGGGAGGGCAGGGCAGGGCAGAGAGGGAUAGAAAGUGAGAGAGAAAGUGAGAGAGAGAAGGAGAGAGGAUAGGUAAGUGGGCGAAGGAGCAGGAGAGUGAGAGAAUGAAAAAAGUAAAAGCUUCUAUCCACAUUCAAUGUGGUUAAAAAAUGAUGUAUUAUGUACAAGGAAUGUUUACACAGUUUAGAUUUUCCCCCCAGUGCUGCAAGGUGGCCAGUUCAUUUGGAAGGAUUUGAUGAUAUGAUGAGCACAGGUUGUUACAACAGUGAGUAGUUACAACAGGUAAUAGUUACAACAGGUUGUAACAACAGGUAGUAGUUACAAUAGGUAGUAGUUACAACAGGUUGUAGUUACAACAGGUUGUUACAGCAGGUAGUAGUUACAACAGGUAGUAGUUACAAUAGGUAGUAGUUACAACAGGUUGUAGUUACAACAGGUUGUAGUUACAACAAGUCGUUACAACAGGUAGUAGUUACAACAGGUUGUUACAAGAGGUUGUAGUUACAACAGGUUGUAGUUACAACAAGUUGUUACAACAGGUAAUAGUUACAACAAGUCGUUACAACAGGUAGUAGUAACAACAGGUAGUAGUUACAACAGGUUGUUACAACAGGUAGUAGUAACAACAGGUAGUAGUUACAAGAGGUUGUUACAACAGGUAGUAGUAGCAACAGGUAGUAGUAGCAACAGGUACUAGUUACAACAAGUCGUUACAACAGGUUGUAGUUACAGCAGGUUGUAGUUACAGCAGGUUGUAGUUACAACAGGUUGUUGUUACAACAGGUUGUUACAACAGGUAGUAGUAGCAACAGGUAGUAGUAGCAACAGGUUGUUACAACAGGUAGUAGUAGCAACAGGUUGUUACAACAGGUAGUAGUAGCAACAGGUUGUUACAACAGGUAGUAGUAGCAACAGGUUGUUACAACAGGUAGUAGUAGCAACAGGUUGUUACAACAGGUAGUAGUAGCAACAGGUUGUUACAACAGGUAGUAGUAGCAACAGGUAGUAGUUACAACAGGUAGUAGUAGCAACAGGUAGUAGUUACAACAGGUUGUUACAACAGGUAGUAGUAACAACAGGUAGUAGUUACAAGAGGUUGUUACAACAGGUAGUAGUAGCAACAGGUAGUAGUUACAACAGGUUGUUACAACAGGUAGUAGUAGCAACAGGUAGUAGUAGCAACAGGUAGUAGUUACAACAGGUUGUAGUUACAACAAGUCGUUACAACAUGUAGUAGUUACAGCAGGUUGUAGUUACAACAGGUUGUAGUUACAACAAGUCGUUAAAACAGGGUGUAGUUACAGUAUGUUGUAGUUACAACAGGUUGUAGUUACAACAGGUUGUAGUUACAACAGGUUGUAGUUACAGCAGGUUGAUAGACAAGUAGGCCUAGUCACAACACACAUUUAUCAAACUAAAUGUAAAUAGGUACAUUGUUGUUGUGUCCGAGAAGGAAUUUGAAAUCCAUUUAAUAAAUUGUUGUAUUUUAAUGUUGUGCUACUGUACAGCCUUUUGCACUGUCUUGUCCUGCAGAGCAGAGGCCAUGAGUUCAUGUCUCAUGUAUUUGUAAUGGGUUUAGGAGAGGAGACUUCAAUGCAUGUACCCAUACCGCAAAUUAAAAAAGCACAGUGUAGCCAAGCCAAGGACUCUGGAAGAAUAUUUAAUUAAGUGCCUGAAAAACUUCUCUCAUAUUUUCUGUUUCUCAUUUUAACCAAAUAAUUUCACAUUCAGAGUUGUUUUCUGGACAUGAAUGAAAAAAGACCUGCGUUUCACAGUCAAAGGUUUCUGUGUUUUGGAUUCCUUUCAUGUCCAGCAUAGUGUAUACCGAACCAACACAAAGGAGACAUGAACUCUGUAUGGUUUGUCUUUGAAAGAGCUGAUAGAAAUGGACGUUGAUAUCCUAGUUUCCCACCAUCUAAAUAAAGAAGAAGAAACAUGAAAGUAGCAUAAAACAGAGAGAAUGUGGUUAUUGUCUUCUCUGCCUGUCCAUUUUCUUUUUCGAGACGGACAAAACAUUGUCUGAUGCUUUGUGAUAAAACUGAAGACCAAGCACUGAUACAACCAUCCACACGUUGUAAAGGCAUGUCAUAAAAGGAAAUAAAGGAAAUAUGGACACUCGUGA